AUACCAAGUAGAGAUCGCAGAGCCGGGAGGUGGGACUGGGAGCGCCGAGGUAUCUAGGGAGGGAGCAUAUACCAGAGGGACCGAAACGAGGACGGGACUCCUCGCCGUCUGUGAGUGUUUAUUUCCUCCACCCACGCCUCUUUGUACGGCUUGUUGAUGAAUGUAAUAGCUUUGGGAGGAUUGUACCACUCUCCUUCCUGAAAUUUUUGUUGUUAAAAUCAAUGAGUCUGUUUACCAAACUCUCUUCUCCAUCCCCAGGCCCUUGAAGGGGGUGGAGAGUUACAAAACGUGUGAAUGGCUCUUCUGUGGACCCUGCUGUCCUGAGAUCGAUGCAGAAACUAAUGGCACAUAGCCACACGCAGUCUCACUUUGUACUGCUUUUUGUUUACCUCGCCGGGUGAGGUGUGCAGUAUGAUAAGCAAGAAAUACAGUGAAUUCCUGCCUAGCAUGCAAAAUACACAGGACCUGGUUACCCAAGUGGAUAAGCUAUCUCAUGACAUUGACCAGCUGAAAUCCACGAUAGAGAGUGAGGUCCGCCAGGAUCUUCAUGUAUCAACUGCUGAAUUUACAGACUUGAAGCAACAGUUGGAAAGAGACUCAGUAGUCCUAAGUUUGCUUAAACAGCUACAAGAGUUUUCUAUAGCUAUUGAAGACUAUAAUUGUGCAUUAGCAGAGAAGAAGUAUGUCACUGCUGCUCAGCGUCUAGAAGAGGCACAGAAAUGCUUGAAGUUAUUAAAAUCCAGAAAAUGCUUUGAUUUAAAAAUGUUGAAAUCUCUCAGCAUGGAGCUCACAAUACAGAAACAGAACAUACUGUAUCACCUUGGAGAAGAGUGGCAGAAGCUGAUUGUAUGGAAGUUCCCACCAUCAAAAGAUACCAGCAGCUUGGAAUCUUGCCUACAAACAGAACUUCAUUUAUACACUGAACAAUCUCAAAAUGAAGAGAAGACCCCUAUGCCACCAACCAGUUCUGUCCUCUUGGCAUUUUCUGUUCUUGGGGAGCUACAUACCAAACUUAAAUCAUUUGGUCAGAUGCUGCUGAAGUAUAUCCUUAGGCCUCUGGUAUCUUGCCCCUCCCUUUUUGCUGUGAUAGAAAACCAGCCUAAUAUUAUUAUCAUUCGGUUUGAAUCUGUGAUGACUGACUUAGAACAUCCAUCGCCAUCUGAAGUUUUUGUGAAAAUCAGACUGGUACUGGAAGUGCUCCAGAAACAACUUCUAGAUUUGCCUCUUGAUACUGAUCUAGAAAAUGAAAAAACAUCAAAGAUCAUAUUGGCUGAGAUGCUUGGUGACAUGAUCUGGGAGGAGUUGUCUGAGUGCCUCAUUAAAAACUGUUUGGUUUAUUCUAUCCCAACAAAUAGCAGCAAGUUACAGCAGUAUGAGGAGAUUAUACAAUCCACUGAAGAAUUUGAAAAUGCCUUAAAGGAGAUGAGGUUUUUAAAAGGAGAUACUACUGAUUUGCUGAAAUAUGCCCGUAACAUCAAUUCUCAUUUUGCUAACAAGAAGUGUCAGGAUGUGAUUGUGGCAGCCAGAAACCUAAUGACCUCUGAAAUUCACAACACUGUGAAGAUUACUCCUGAUUCUAAGAUAAGUGUGCCUGACUUACCUAGCUCUGAUGAGGAUGACAAACUACAAGUACAGAAAAUGUCCACAACUCAGUACAAUGAAGUGGUGAAUUUAGAGCCUGAAAAUACAUUGGACCAACAUUCCUUUUCUUUGCCCCCAUGCCGCAUCAGUGAAUCUGUGAAGAAAUUAAUGGAACUUGCCUAUCAGACUUUACUAGAGGCUACAACCAGCAGCGAUCAAUGUGCUGUUCAACUUUUCUACUCAGUGAGGAAUAUCUUCCAUUUGUUCCAUGAUGUUGUACCAACAUAUCAUAAGGAGAACCUUCAAAAACUGCCCCAGUUGGCUGCCAUUCACUUCAACAACUGCAUGUACAUUGCUCAUCACUUGCUGACCCUCGGGCAUCAGUUCAGAUUACGUCUUGCCCCCGUUCUUUGUGAUGGCACCACUACUUUUGUGGAUCUUGUACCUGGCUUCAGGAGACUUGGGACAGAGUGUUUUUUGGCGCAAAUGCAGGCACAGAAAAGAGCACUUCUGGAAAGAUUAUCAAGUGCUCGGAACUUUUCAAAUAUGGAUGAUGAAGAGAACUAUUCUGCAGCAAGUAAAGCAGUUCGUCAGGUGGGAAGCUAUUGUUAGCUCUGGAAUUUGAACUCUGUCUUUAAAUGCUCCCCCCGUUUUUUAAGCAGCAAAGAAUAUGUACAGUUAGAUUAGUUGAUUCCCCACAAUCCCCAUUGGAAAAUCUGGAUACCUUUUACAGCCAUAUCUAUGACCUGUCGCUUCCCUUACUUCACCAAGCCAACAAGAAGUUACCUUUCCAUUACCCCAAUAGUGUGACUGUCAUAGCAAAUAGUUAACCCAUGAACUUGGGUUUGGGAAAUUUGAAAUACUAG